CUAUCAUUUACCUAAAAACAACUUCUCUAUUCUCCGGUUGCCCACAACUCUCGCCUCCUCUCUCUUUUAGCUCUUUCAUUUCAUGUAAAUAUGUGUUCUACACUCCCUUUGUAGAACCUGCAGAGAUCCGAACUUCCGGCUGAGGGUUUCCAAUCGCCGACGGCGGCGAUGAUUCAAUCUCCGGUAAGGCCAAUCGAGAAUCAUCAUCAAUGUUAGAUCCAUUUGUUUUAUUUCGCCUUCGAUCCAAACUUUGGUUCCACAGGAGGAAAAAAGAAAGCACUUUUACCUAAUCAAUUUGAUACAUUUUGUUUUGUAUGUUAGAAAUCUUUGUAGUUUGUAUCAUAUAGCGGAAACCUUUUGUUUUUGCAUAGUUUGUUUUCCGAAUUUUGUACAGUUUGGGACGAGGGAUUUUCUUUUUGUUUUUGUGAAUAUUGGGAAAGUGGCAAAGAUGAAUUUGAGCGCGGCUGAGGAUGAAUCGGAGCAAGAAAUUCAUAUUCCUGCCGAUAUUGAUUGGGAAAUGCUUGAUAAAUCGAAAUUCUUCUUCCUUGGUGCUGCGCUCUUUUCAGGUGUAUCGGCUACUCUUUAUCCUGUGGUUGUUUUAAAAACCAGGCAACAGGUUGCCCAAUCUCAGGUUUCGUGCAUGAAGACAGCUUUUGGGAUUGUCAGGCAUGAGGGUUUUAGGGCUUUGUAUCGAGGAUUUGGGACCUCCUUGACGGGUACAAUCCCUGCUAGAGCACUGUACAUGGCAGCGCUUGAGGUUACCAAGAGUAACGUGGGGACUGCCACUAUCCAAUUAGGGUUUCCAGAGGCGGCGGCAGGAGCGAUUGCCAAUGCUGCUGCUGGGCUGAGUGCAGCCAUGGCAGCUCAACUUGUUUGGACCCCAAUUGAUGUUGUGAGCCAAAGGCUUAUGGUUCAGGGAGGUGGUUUAAAUUCCGUUCCUAAUGCGUCAACUUGUAAAUAUGCUAAUGGGAUUGAUGCGUUUAGGAAAAUUGUCCGCACGGAUGGACCGAGGGGAUUGUAUAGAGGGUUUGGGAUAUCCAUUUUGACAUAUGCCCCAUCAAAUGCGGUUUGGUGGGCUUCAUACUCUGUUGCUCAGAGGAUGGUUUGGGGUGGUGUGGGUUGUUACAUUUACAAGAAAGAUGAAGAUGGGAAUGAGAAUGGGUUCAAUGCAUUGAGACCAGAUUCAAAAACUGUAAUGGCAGUUCAGGGAGUCAGUGCAGCGAUGGCAGGUGGUUUUUCAGCUUUAAUUACAAUGCCACUUGAUACAAUUAAGACCAGAUUGCAAGUUUUGGAUGGGGAGGAGAAUGGGAGGCGUGGACCAACUAUUGGGCAGACUAUUAGAAAUCUGGUUAGGGAAGGUGGUUGGACGGCUUGUUACAGGGGAUUGGGGCCUCGCUGGGCUUCAAUGUCUAUGUCUGCAACAACAAUGAUCACUACCUACGAGUUUCUGAAACGGCUCUCAGCGAAGAACCAAGAGGUUUUGCAAUGACAAAAAAAAAUCUGAAAAAAAAUAAUGAGAAAAAAAAACGGAGGUUUUUUUUUUCUUGUAUCUGAUCUCUGUCUAAAUGCUGUCCCUUGCUCUCAACUUGCCAUGUUUUCUCUUUUUUUGCUUUCUUUGUGUUACCCUGCCUGCCUGAGAUGACCAAUGUAUGAGUAUGCAGGUUUUCACUAUACAUAAAUUUUUUUUUCUUUCUUUGCUUAUCAGUAAUGUUAAAAUAUCUAAUUCUCUGGAAA